AUGGGAGAUAACAAGAGCAAUGAUUUCGAAUACUAUCGUUACAAUCCUUCCAUCGGAGCAGCCGUCCUAUUCGUGAUCCUCUUCAUUGCUGCAACAGGAAUACAUACAUACCAACUGGUGCGAACACGGACUUGGUAUUUCAUUCCGUUUGUCAUUGGCGGGUAUUUCCAAUGGGUCGGCUAUAUUGGCAGAGCGAUAUCGGGCCAUGAAAGCCCAAACUUCUCCAUGGGGCCGUACAUCCAACAAACCCUCCUGCUUCUGAUUUCACCGACUCUCUUCGCAGCUAGUAUAUACAUGGAGCUCGGACGCAUCAUCAGGCUUACCGACGGCGAAGAGCAUUCUCUAGUGAGGACAAAGUGGCUGACGUUGACAUUUGUUCUCGGGGACGUGAUCUCGUUCCUAAUGCAAGGAUGGGGUGGCGGUGUGAUGUCCGACGACAGCGGCGACUCGCUCAAGAAGGGAGAGCACAUUAUCAUUGGCGGACUAACGGUGCAGCUGGUGUUCUUUACCCUCUUCGUCAUUACCUCGUUGAAGUUCCACCUCAGCAUACGGGAGCACCCAACGCCUCGUUCUCAACAACCGCACAUAGAGUGGGAAAAGCACAUUUACGCACUUUACGGCAGCAGUUUGCUUAUCCUGGUGCGCUCCGUCUUCCGUCUAGUUGAAUACGCUCAGGGCAAUGCUGGAUACCUUGUAUCACAUGAGGUAUUUCUAUAUAUAUUUGAUGGGUUACUUAUGUUGGCCACCAUGGUGGUGUUUGUGUGGAUUCAUCCAAGUCAGGUAAACGCCUUGUUGAAGGGUGGACAGGGCGCGAAGGCUGUCAGGCGUGUGUAUUCUGUCUAUUCUAUGACUUGA